GGUGCCGCUCGGCGGGUCUGCCAAGUCCAGCUCCGCUCGGCGCGGUGGUGCGGUUCCCUCCGCCUCUCAUGGCGGAGCCGGGGACCCCCCGGGGAUCGGUUCUGAAAGAUGUAGUGGCUUAUGUUGAAGUGUGGUCAGCCAAUGGAACAGAAAAUUAUUCAAAGACAUUUACAAAUCAACUUGUGGAGAUGGGGGCAAAGGUUUCAAAAACUUUUAACAAACAAGUGACUCACGUCGUGUUCAAGGACGGGUACCAGCGCACUUGGGACAAAGCGCAGGCGAGAGGCGUGAAGCUCGUUUCAGUGCUCUGGGUGGAGAAGUGCAGGACCGAGGGCGCACAUGUUGAUGAGGCCCUGUUCCCCGCAGCCCGUGCUCCCGAGCACCUGCCGUGCCUGAUGAAGAAGAAACACAAGUGCAUGCAGCCCAAAGAUUUUAUUCCUAAAACACCAGAAAAUGAUAAGAGACUUCAAAAGAAAUUUCAGAAAAUGGCUAAUGAGCUACAAAGGCAAAAAACAACUCUCGAUAAUGAUGUCCCUGUGCUCGUAUUUGAGUCCAGUGGGUCGUUGACCUACAGCCCCACCAUCACGAUGCACCGCGGUCGUCACCAUGCCAUGGAAAAGAGGCUGCAGGAGAUGAGGGAGAAACGGGAAAACCUCUCCCCUACCUCUUCCCAGAUGAUUGAAAAGUCUUACGAGAACCCAGUUAACUCUUUGUGCGAAGCGUCUUUGAACAUUUCACAUGAUACUUUGUGUUCAGAUGACUCCUUUGCUGGUGGCCUACAGUUGUCUUUUGAUGACCUCUGUGGAAGCUCAGGAUGUGGAAGCCCGGAAAGGCAACUGGGAGGAUGUGUCGGGGACACUCGGAGCGAUGGGUGUGUUUCCUCACCCACACUGAGAACCAGCAGCGUCCCUUCAUCGGCCUCUCCCCCGCGCCCCAGCCAGUCAGCUCCUCAGCAGCCUGCGCGUCCUCUUCCAGAGGGAGAGCGGAGCGGCCAGACAGACCCUGCGGGUGCCGCCGUUGCCCCUGACGGAAUGUUGCAGAAGUUCAGUGGGAAGUGUAGUUUGUCUCCUGCGUCACCUGCAACAAAAGCCCACGGUUUGGGACACUCACGACCCGGGGGUUCCUCAGCAAAGAGAAAAAGACCAUCCCAGCGCCUCGAUUCACCUCCCGAAGAGAGUCAAAAGAAGAAAAAGUGCAGCCGGAAGUCCACCGUGUCCAGAGCGCGGCUCUUCACGCCGGGCCGGAGCCCGCCGCUGGCGGCCAGGCCUGUGGGCGAGACUCCUGACCGUGGGGCGGCCUCCUACGAGGAUUACUUUUCCCCCGAAAACCUCAGGGAAAGGGACUCGGAGACCCUUCCUCCGCGAUGUCUGUCGCUUCGCAGCCCUGCCCAGUUCGGCCGCCCAGCCGGCCUUUCUAAGAGGGAAAGGACAAGCAUCUUAGAAAUGGCCGACUUCUCCUGCAUCGGCAAGAGCCUCCCGUCAGACCCCACCAGCCCCUCAGCAAAAACGAGCUCCCGUCUUCAGAAACCUGGAAGUGGUGCCUUGAGUGCCCCUUUGGGUGGUGUGGCGCCUAAGACUGCGGAGGGAGCCGCAGGGCGUCUCCGAGAGCCUGACGCUCAGACAGGAGAAGGCGUGGGCCCCGACGGAGGUCGCCCUUCCUGCGCUGACCGCGCACGCGCACGCCCGGGCGCGCCUCGCGGUGGCUUGGCUCCCGCGGGCGGAAGCGACGGAGAAACCGAGGAAGCGGUCGGCGUCAAAGGGGUGCAGGAAGGAGAUCGCGCUUCCGGAAUGUUGAAUUCCUCCGAAGGUGUUGAAGACCAACCCACCAGGCAUGAUGACUGGGCAGGCCCGUGCGCAGGCCAGACAGACCUCAGCAGACCUGAGGAGGGAUCCAAGAGAAGAAAAGCCCAGAAGCCAACAAGAACAUUAGUCAUGACAAGCAUGCCGCCUGAGAAGCAGAACAUCGUCAUCCGGGUGGUCGCCAAACUGAAAGGCUUCGCGGUGGCCCGUGAGGUGUGCGAAAGCACCACACACGUGCUGGCUGGGCGGGCGCUGCGGACCCUCAAUGUGCUGAUGGGCUUGGCGCGCGGCUGCUGGAUCCUCUCCUACGAGUGGGUACUGUGGUCUUUGGAACUGGGUCAUUGGAUUUCUGAGGAACCGUUCGAACUUUCCGACUCCUUCCCUGCAGCUCCUAUCAGCUGCUCGUGCAUCUGGCAGCCUUGAGAGAGAAUUCCCAGCCCUGGGAUUUGAAAAAGC